GUUCUUUUCUUGCACCAGUUUUUGCCAAGACAGGAAAGCUGGAUAAAAGAUACGCCCCGGCUCCCUCUGGCUCCUGCUGCUACUCCUCUGCAGCAGUUGAUGGUGCCCUCUGUUAGACAGCAUUCCCAGGUUACUCGGUAGCUGUGCAUGAAAUGUCUACCCACAAAUUGGAACCUGCUGCGGCCAGGACACGAUGUGUUUUAUCAAUUCAAACUCUAUUGUGGUCUUCCUUUCCCAUAUUCUGAUCAUUGUAGUACAGGCCCACCCAGUCUGUAUGAGUUCGAUAUCGACGAAGAUGAAGAGGACGAUGAUGGUGGAGACGAUGACGAGGGGGAGGAAGACGAGGAGGAGGACGAGGGCAUCGUGGAAGGAGACUUUGACCAUGGGGAAAUCGUGAUCCGCAGAGAGAUGCUAAUGGAUGACGACAGUGAAGAGGAUCAACCCUUGACAUUGGCACGCCUCAACACCCACACUCGUGCUAAAAUGCUGAAUGACCUCCCCAGCCAGCUGAAGAGUCGACUCAAACACAUUAACGAUAAGGACCUGGAGAAACAUAGCAGCGGAGGGGCCACACUCCUUCCAAAGACACGACCACACCUCUCACGAAGGUCCUUCUCCUUUGAUUCUAAUGGCGGAUGGCACGAUGAGGAGGAAGAGGAAGAGUUGAAUAAUUGCCAGGAAACGCAGAGAGAACAGCAGCAGGACAAGGGCCUAAUCCCGACUGUCACCUCCACAGUGAGCUCCGUCGCUUAUGCUGUCGGCAAGCAUUGGUCAAAGAAAAUCUACGAGUCCCUACUUCGAUCGCGCGAUCCCAAGGCCUACUAUACCCAUCUGCUCAAAGCAGCCACGAAUUACGAACAAUGGGCCGAAGCAGCCGCCAUCCUGGACCGACUUCAAGGCAAAGACAAGUGGAAAAAUGAUCCCAGAUCGCCCCAUUACGACUACGAGAUAAUGCAGGAGCGAUUAUCCCAAUUGGCCAAGGCCCGAGAAUCCGGCGAUCUUGGCCUAAUGAUCUUCUUGCUCCGUACCUCGCUCUCCCGAAACCUCGGCAAUGUGGGACGACCCCAAUUGUAUGCAGAGACCAACAUCGGGACGAAGCGUCUAAUUGAGGAUUACAAUUCUGAGGUCAUCCGGCAGCUCAACAUCAUCUGCGAUACAGAGAUCGAUGACUUUCCGAUGGCUGCCAAGCUAGAGUUCUUCACCCACACUCGUCAAGCAUUUGGCCGUACGGCGCUCUUGCUCAGCGGAGGCGCAACCAUGGGCCUGAUGCAUAUCGGAGUCAUCAAAACGCUCUACGAGACCCAACUGCUGCCAAGGAUCAUUUCUGGGUCCUCGUGCGGUUCGAUCAUUGCGGCCAUACUUUGCACGCGCACCGAUGAAGAAAUCCCAUCUAUGCUCCAGUUUGAAAAGUUUAACUUUACCGUUUUUCACACCCCUGAAGAGCAAGGAGACGUUCUGGCCAGACUCAUCCACUUUUUGAAGAAUGGUGCAUUAUUCGACGCUCAGGUGCUGAAAGCGGCAUUGAAGGACAACAUUGGAGAUGUCACCUUUCAGGAAGCAUACAACAGAACAAGACGUAUCCUUAAUGUCACAGUGAGCACUUCCGCGACGUUCGAAAUGCCACGACUUUUGAACUACCUGACUGCGCCCAAUGUCCUCAUUUGGUCUGCAGUAGCAACAUCUUGCGCAGCUCCAUUCAUCUACAACUCGGCGCCUCUGAUGGCCAAAGAUAAAAACGGAGAAGAGGUUCAAUGGAAUCCGUCACGAUACCAUUGGAUCGAUGGAUCCGUCGACGGUGACCUUCCGAUGAACAAACUGUCGGAGCUGUUCAACGUGAACCACUUUAUUGUGUGUCAAGUCAAUCCAUAUAUCGUACCGUUUCUGCACAAUUCGCUAGCCCGAUCUCCAACCAACCGAGUUGUAGGCUGGAUGCUCUACCAAGCGAGAUUUGAGCUGCAGCACCGAAUGAACCAAAUGUCGAUCCUCGGGAUUAUGCCUGAGCUGAUCCAGAAAGUGCAGGCGAUCAUGUCGCAGCGUUACUACGGUGAUAUCACGAUUGUGCCCGAUCUCGGCAUCGAUGACUAUCUGAAUAUCGUCACCAAUCCAACUGUCCAGUUCCUGGUUGAUGCCACCCUGAAAGGAGAACGUGCCACAUGGCCAAAAAUAUCCAUCAUCAAGAACCAUUGCAGCAUCGAGCAUUGUCUAGACGACAUUCUAUACCGCCUGCGUCUGCGACGUCUCGAAGCCUUCCGCGCGUUCCCUCAGCCGCCCGCACCUCUUACAAAGAUGCUGAGCGAUAAUUCGAGUUAUACACAGUCCCAUGGGUCGAUGCAUGCUCGACCAUCCUCGAGCACAACCGCACUGCGAUCCUCCACCUCAAUCACAUUCACUCCCUAGUCUGUUGAGUCGAAAUAGAUCUAUCUUCUGGCAUCCUAUUAACCAAU